CCCGGUUACAAGCAAAGACAAGCAAACUGAAAGCAUCUGUUCCAAAUUCUUCAUCGAUGUAACACUCUGUGCCAUAUUUACUCGAUUUGGAAAGACUUGAUACUUAAAACCAACAUUCAAGCCUUUUUGAGAUUUGAGGAUUCUGAAACAUGACGAUGAAUAAUAUGAGAAUACUGCAUUCACCCACCAUCAUGAUGCCAGCCGACUUGGCCUCGUGCCUCUCCGUGCGUCAGCCGCUGUACCAGCUCUCCUCCUCUUUGAGAACCACCGCCAGCACCAGCCCCACGCAGCGCCUGUCCCCCCCUAUCAACACCUCCUACUCCCUGCGCUCUCCCACCUACCUCUCCCCCUCCGGCUCUCCCUCCCCCUCCCGCUCGCACUCGCCCUCGCCCACGUCGUCGCCCUCUCCCACGCGUGCCUCCCCCAGCCGCUUCUUCUCGUCGUCCGAACCGCGAAGCUGCCUGCGUAGGGAGCACGGCGGGCUGAGAAAAAGGGUCUCCUUCUCGGACGCUAAGGGCACACCGCUGACUGCUGUCCGCCUCUUCAUCCCGGAUACGCCUUCGUCACCGCCAACGUCACCGAGCUACAGCCAGCUCCCUUCGAUGGCUCUGAGGAGAUUCCAGCCUAAACAAGAUGUGGCGGCUCCGACCAAGACCGCGCCGUACAAGCUCCGUCUGGCGUUCACGCAGCCUUCCCUGGAUCUCAACGUCUUCAUGGCGCGUCAGAAAGAAAUGGGACUGCAGUUGGAAAGCUGUAGCGUGUCGGAAUAUUGCCUGAGCGGGAAAAUCAGAGUUUCCCACGUCGGAACUGAGCAAACUGUACAUGUUAGAAUGAGUAUCGAUUCCUGGAGGAGUCACUACGAUAUCCCUUGCGCCUUCGUGCAGAGGCAGAGGUUCGGGUCGAUGGAGACGGACAUUCACGCUUUCGAACUGAGCCUUCCGAUGAAUCUGGAUCCGAUUCACGGGAUUGAGUUUUGCGUGACUUCCAAAACUGAGAAAACUGAGACAGCUCUAUGGGACGAUAACAGGGGGCAAAACUACAGGAUUCAAGUGGAGAGAGACAGCAGCGUCGAGCAAGAAGAGGUGAUCCCGGGGUCUCCCAAAAUGUUCCGGUACCAGCCGCUCCCCCUGUUGGUGCAAGUGACUAAUUUUGAUAUGGGUCGCUACACCGAUCUGCCACACUUCAGAGCCUUGUCAAACCUGGGGGCAGAAAGGGGGCUGUGUGCCGUCAAAUAAGGCACAGAAAUUAAGACUUGCUAUUGAAAUAAACUGCUCGGUUCUACGCAGUGGGAGGGCAGCUGCUACUUGCACUAAGCUAGUUUUGCAUUGAUUUAGAAAAAUGCCUUGAAGAUUUUUUUCUAACAUCGCAAAAGAAAAGCUUGAAGAUCAAACUUUAAGCCAGGGGUGUCCUUUUUUCAUCAAGGGCCACAUAUCUAAACACAGACGAAGCAGAGGGCUGAUCAUAGGGCCAUAGAGUAGUGCUCAGUACAGUGAAUUGGACUAUGUGCACGUUUGACACUUUAGAAUGAGCCAUCAGUCUUUUCUAUUCUAUUAGCUUUAUCAAGGUAAAUUUUCAAAAACUUGAUUGAACUGAUGCAAGGUAAUUUGGGCCAAUUCACCUGGAAGCCAUGAUGAGGGCCAAGAAAAAUUUGUUUUAGGGCCACAUUUGGUCCACGGGCCAUAGUUUGGACAUGCUUUAAGCUAUGUAUCUGUUUCUGAUCAUUUCAUGCACCCUGUGGGGUAGUGGAGUAUGUAUGUAUAUAUGUAAACGGUGUUCUUGUGAAUGUACUGUGUAUAUUGACUAUACUGAGUGAGAGACUCUCAAAUCUACUUUUGUUAAAUAUGUAAAUACUUUAUUUAUAUGUCCUGAAUAAAUGUGUUUGAUGAACUUUC